GGGAGUUUCCAGGAUUGUUUAAGGCUACUUUUAAAACUGCCACCCGAAGGAACAUAAUCAGUACCUCUGGAAAGCAGGAUGGCCCAGACUCUGCCUCUGCUGCUGUUGGCUGUGCUGAACUCUCUGAGCUGCCACAGUGAAGUGAGGGCCCGGGACCCUGACGUGGAGGAAGAAGAGGCUGUGGGGAAUAGAGGAAGGCCAACUGGCACUAUUGAGAUGGCUCACCUUAUGGAACAAUCACAUCAGGGCAUCCCGAUGCCUUCAGCGGGCACAGUUCAAGACUCAGCGGAUUUAAGAGAGACUGUACUUUCACCUGCACGGAGAGGAAACUGGUGUGCGUAUGUUAAUCACCGUGUGGUCACCAGAGCUGUACUCUGUGCUACAGAGACUCAAACAGUGAAGUCAUUGAACCCCUGUCCUGGCGGAGCUCCUGAUUGUCAAGUCCUCAUGUAUAAGCAGUCCUUACGGCCAGCAUACAAACAGAAGCACACAACCCUCUCUUCUAUUCACUGGAAUUGUUGCCCAGGCUAUAGUGGACACAACUGCCUGGAAAAAGACAAACCUUCAGAGGAUGAGAAGCGAGCUUCAAAGUCUGAGGUUAAUGACAAUGACAAGUCAGGUGGUGGUACUUUUUCAGGAGGUAAGACGGAGACUGACCUAAUGGAAGAUGAAAACUGGGCUGACAAACCUCUGCAGGAAACUCCCAUUCAUGAUUCUUCUCCAAACAAGAGACCUGAUGGUGACAGAGAAGGUAUCUCCACCUCUCAGCCCCUGCCAAUCUUUGAUUCAUCCGUUCUGCUGACGAUGCAUCAGUUAAUGUCAACAAUGAUGAGUCAGAUUCAACCAGUGCUGGAAAGCUUCAAUCAAACACUAGAGCAUCUGUCCAGUGAGGUGAACACUCUGUCUCAGGACUUGCAGCUGUUGCGGAUGGAACAGGAAGACAACAGGUUGGUCAGCAAGGGUGAAGGUAAUAGUGGACCUUUCCAAGACAGACUAGAGUACAACCAUCUCCAGAUCAGCCAAAUAAAAACUCAACUUGAGGCACAGAACGAUCAGAUGGAGAGGGCCUUUCAGACUCAACAAGAACUGCUAAAACACAACCUAACGAAAAUUAAGGAAAAGUUGGAUGACCAGAUCAGUCAGAGUCAGGAAUCACAGGUGAAUCUUCAAUCGCUUACUGAUUUGGUUGUGGAAGUGAGAGCUGAUCAAAAAAAGCUGGAAGGGGCACUGCAGAGAGAGCGUGAUAAAUUUGUCAAUCUGAUGGAAGGCCAGCCAACACGGGCGUCAGGAGCGUGGGAGGCCAUCACUCGGAUAGAUGAGAAGGCACAAAGUAACUCUGUGCAGCUCAGCAGCUUGUCAGAGGCUUUGAAAGACUCCUCUAGGGUCGUCCAGGAUCUGAAAAGAGACCAAAUACAACUAGAAAAAAGUUUAGAGGAGGUCGAACAACGCACUGAAGUGCAUUUUGCAGAGACAGGUUUGGAAUUAGAAGCCACCCACAUCAGGGUGGUCAAUAGCCUAGGUGAGCUUACAGCUAACGUUAGUGCACAUGAGGGUCAGUUGAGAGAAAUUGAGCUUGAUCUGGUGAACAUCUACAAUCUACUUCAAAGAAACGAUUCAGUAACUGCUGAGCAGGCCUGUAGCUGUAAAAUAAUUACCAGUUCCCUAGAUAGGUUGGAGCAGGAGGUGGAUAAUGUUACCCAAUUAGCGAGACAGAACAGUCUUGCACUUGAAGAGGCUGAUUUAGAAAGGAAUGAGGCUACUGAAAUGGAAGAUCUUCAGCAUGGCCUGCUGAAUAUGAAGGAAUCAUUGGCCUUUGAGCAGGGAAGAAGCAGGAGCCUUCAAGACAGCAUUUUACAGCUACAGGAUUCACUCCUGGACAGCAAGCUGGAGAUUCAAGGCCUGAGAGAGCAAGACGGGGAACAGUCUGCUGAACUUCAAGGCCUAUCUGCCGCCUUCUCUUCCCUUCUGAACGAUGCUGUACGCCACUCUGAAGUCCUGGAAGUCCUACUUGGAGAAGAGGUCUUGGAAUUCACACACUGGUCGCAAAGCCGACAGAAAGAGCUCAGUCUUCCAGAUCUUUUACAGACAAUUCAAAUGAUGCAGCAAAAGAUUGAAACACAUGAUCGGAGCCUGACCUCACUUCGGAGAAAGCAUCCUGAUGGAGAUGAGAUGAAUAGUGAUGACCCAGUUCCAUAUUCAGAAAGGACUGGAAUGAAACAACAGGUGAAGGGCACAGAAGGUUACCAAACCUCGUCAGCAGACCCUUCGAAUGCAGAGGAUGAUGUGGAUUACUCUGUUAGUGACUUCUGGAGUUUGGGAAAAGAGGUGGAACAAUUAGCAAAUAGAAUAUCCAUGUUGGAAGAGCGCUGUGGAAACCGCACUGAGCCCCCUGGUGGAUCUGUUUUGGAAUUGCAGGAAGAAAUAGCAUCCUUACGCCAAAGCCUAGAGGAUCAUUUGAGACUUUUUGGAAAACUGUUCAGUAAUACAGAAGAACUAGCCAGCUCAACUAGAAGCCUAAACCUAGAUGAGGUUUGGAGGAUGGUGCGAAGAAAAGAUGGAAAGAGAAGGAGGGGGGACCAAAAGCCAGCAGACCAGAUGCGAAAUGAAGAAAGGAAUUCCAGUGGACGAGGCAAAAGAUACAGCCAAAGAGAACAAGCAUGGUUACCACAAUCCCCAGUGGUGUUCAUCACAAACCUGGAUGACAUAAAGAAGCCAAAUGCGGAGCUCACAUCUAAAAGUACUCUUCUAAACUAUGGUGGUACGUUUAAUCCUACAUCAGGGGUGUUCCAGGCCCCUGAGACAGGACUUUAUCUCUUUUUAGUGACCAUAGACUUUGAGAGAGGCCUUUCAUUGGCUGUACUGAAGCGCAGUGGAGUUCCAAUGGCCUCCUUCAAACAGGAACAAGGAGAAAAAAAGGGGCCGGUGAGCCGAGCAUCUCUGCUGGAGCUGCGGCGGGGGGAGAUGGUUACUUUAGAAUUGACGCACGGAUCAUUACGAAAAGCACAGCCUGGGGACAACACACUGUCUGGACUACUGCUCUUCAUUACAGAGCACAAGGACAUGCUGUGAUGAGACCAGGGUGAGAGACUGAGCACAUUGUGCGUAACUGCCAGACAUGCUGUAAUUUGUAUGCAUGUAUCCUCUUCUUGAAGGUGUCAAUGAUAUUUAAAAAAGGUUUUGUAACUGGAUAUGGAGUGAGCCCGAGGAAACAAUGUAAGCUAAAGAAAUAAGAUGAAGACGGUAUAUACAAGAACAUUUAUAAAACACUAGGUUUUUAAAAUGUGGAGGAUCUAAUAAGGUAAGAAUCACAGAAUGAAAACAACUUAUCAAGUUGUGAUGAAUAAACAAAGGUACCAAUACAAAUAGAGCACCUUUGUACAGACAAGAGUGGAUUUCGACUGGGCAUGGGAUGAAAACCAUUUUCAAGGUAUACCGCGGUUUGGAAAAGUGUAGGUUUUAAAACCGCCUACAUUUUCUGCUAUACCAUUCCUACGGUAUGUGCAAGUUUUUUUUUUUUUACAUUUUGUUUUUUGGACAACAGCAUCUUCUAGUUACAACAGUAACAAUUUUAUACCGACCCAUGCCAAAUUUCGACUGCAUUUAAAAUGACCACAUCCAAUGAAUUAUUUAGUCAAGAAAAAAAAACAUGAUUGUGUACUAAAAUAAGGCAAUUUACUUAAAAAUGUAUACAUUGGACUAAUUCUGUGUACAGAACAGAUUUUCUUGGUAAACAUAAGGCACCUCUCUUAAAACCAGAUGUUGUGCACAAUACAAAAUAAAAUCAUAUUAUUCAGGCCAUUUUACAGAUGUUCUUACAUAUUAAACAACUCUGACAAAUACAUUGUGUAGUCCUUUACCUAGACAAAUGGGCUUAAUUCAAUUCAAGAGUGAUUUUACAGUAUAAUUGGUAAUAUUGUAAUGGACAGCUUAAAACAGGCACAAAACUGCAGCCUGACCAAUGAGAAAAGAUGCACAAGCAAAGGGAGAUUUGAUUUUUCAUUGCAAAGCAACAUUAUUUUUAAUGUCUCUCUCUUUCAGGAAGUGGAAUAAACAAACUGGCUCAAAGGGGUGGUCCACUACGACAGUCGUUCCCAACCCUGUUCCUGAAGGCACACCAACAGUCCACAUUUUCAAUCUCUCCCUAAUCAAACACACCUGAAUCAACUUUUCAUAACAUCAGAAGAGACUCCAAAACCUGAAGUUAAUGGGUCAGAUAAGGGAGACAUCCAAAAUAUGUACUGUUGGUGUGCCUCCAGGAACAGGGUUGGGAAACACUGCACUACGAUAUCAUAUUUGAAAAUUUAGUUGAUGUGUAAUGUAUCUGUGUGAACAUAAACAACAUUUUUGAAUGUAAUAUGCUCAAAGUUCAAUGCAAAGGGAGACAUUGGCUUUACAGAGUUAGCUUAGCAAAGUUUGGGGACCACAAAAAAAAAAAAAAAAACAUCGGGGUCUAGCGAGAUUACAAAUGCUUAGGUUACGGGCAUAGAUCAUGCACAUACACCACGUGCAACGAAGGGGCAUGGCCAGAGGCACUGUAAUGUUAUAGCAGAGAAAGCUGCAAUGCCAUCCAAAUGCAGCUAUUUUCACAGAGCUUGUUCUGUUUCUGUAUUUGAGCUUCCAAAGGACAAGACUCAAAGAGAGAAGUGCUUACAAUUUAAUUAUGUUCCAGAGAAUUAUGAAAAAAAGACAUAGCUCUAGCAUUUGACAAAGGACAGCUUCCAGAAUAUCUCCCAGUUCAGUGCUGGAUUCGGCUAAAAACUCCUCAAGGAAGGAGCAGCUCCAACCAUAAUAGAAGAAGCUGUGGAUUGUAAGCCACAACCUGUAAGUGUUUUUAUUUGUUCAAAUUGAUCAAUUACAUACAUCGUUUCUAGCGUUAACGUUAUGUUGUAGCGAGGACGUAAACAAGGAUGUAAACAACAGGGAAUGCUGUUUGGCACAGCUAACAAUUUAGCUACAAAUUCAUAUGUAUCCGUCAAACCCCUGUAAACACCCACAAUCUCCACCAGCACUGCAGUGUCUCUCUAUGUGGCCACAUUCCCUGCGUUCUACAUCUGAAAUAACAAACUCGCAAAAGAUAUCUGAACGUAUCUGAUUACUUACACAGGCUUAUUCCGAAUACAUAUGUGACAGAUACUAGUCAGAUCUUAUUUUAGAGAGCAGGCGUGAUGUUCAGCUGUGAACAUUUCCUUUUCUGUCUGAUUCAGACUCAAACUGAUACAGCUAACAGCUACUCUGGCUGACAGUGUUUACACAGCGCAAAAGUGCAUGCUUGUAGGGGCUUGCCACUUUUUCUGGUGACUUGAAGCCGAUCCACGAAUUACAGCACAUUAUGUUAGCGGACCAAUCAGAGCCUCUUGAUGGCGGAUCUUUCGAAGGAACUAGGAAAUAUGACAGUCAUUUUCAUGUUAGCUGAGUAGCUGUCUAUAAUCAAAGUACGAUAUAU